AUUAUUAAAAUGUGAUAAAAACAUAUGUAAUUGAUAUUAUUACCCAUAUAAUAUUUUUAUUUCUUUUUUUUCGUUUUAUGGGAUUGGACACUAAACCAUGAAUGUCGCGCCGUCGUGCUUUUAUCAUAGCGGUAGAUGUCAAGAAGACCGGAAGUAGUAUUGUGAUCAACGUGGAGCCCCAGUACAGAGUGUGUGUGUGUGUGUGUCAGGUUCAGUGCAGUUUGUUUAUUAGUUAUAUGUGUGUAUAUAUAAUAAAGGGGAUUUGUGACUGAUGAAUUGGGCGCGUGCUGUUCCAGGACUCCUGUUCUGCAUCUGUUUCAUCACUUCCUGUUUCACUAAUAAGUAUGUGCUGUCAGUGCUGAAGUUUACCUACCCAACACUGUUCCAGGGGUGGCAAUCCUGCACUGGAGCUCUUCUGCUCUGGGUGACCGGGAAACUGGGAUGGGUGGAAAUCAGCACUUUCCCCAGAUCUGCUGCAGCGUACUGGCUUCCAGGAGCCGUCCUCUUCCUGGGGAACAUAUACGGCGGCUCUAAAGCCUUGUCCAUGCUGCCCAUCCCCUUCUUUUUUGUGCUGCAAAAUGUGUCUGAAGUGGUCUUCUGUCUUCUCAUCAGAGUCACACAGAAAGAGAGGUUGUCGUGGAUGAGGACAAUCAGUUCUGUCCUGAUACUGGGAUCAGCUGUUACUCUUACACUUCAGAAUCUCCAGUUUGGACCAGACCCCUAUUUCUGGGCUUUCGUCCACUUUUGCUGCGUUGGGUCCUACAGAGUCUUCCAGAAGAAUUUUAAGUCUAGCCAUCUGAGUGAACUCGAGCAGCAGUUCAUCAACUACGUGGUGAGCCUCUUGCUGUUGGCGUCUGCGGCACAUCCCACCGGUGAUCUGUUUGAUGUUUUGGAGUUUCCCUUCCGGAGCUCCUACAAGUUCUAUAGCGGAUGUUUUGCCAGCGGGAUUCUGGGCUUUUUUCUGCUGCUGGCCGGGGUCAAGUUGAAGACUGGACCGUCUUUGGUGCACUGUGCCGUCUGGCUGUUCCUCGCCAAGAUUCUGGCUUCUGGUCUGUCCAUAUUUCUCUUCAGCACAGAGUUUGGACUCCUGACGUGGUGCUGCAUCUUCAUGAACCAUGCAGCUGAGGCGCUGAACAUUCACGCCAACAGAGCUCUGGAGAGAUGAACAUGAAAACGUGAUCACGUGACGCUUUAAACAAACGUUACGUUUUCUCUUUUUUUUUUUUUUGUUAUAAUGUUACAAAAUAUAUCUGGUGGCAAUCAUGUGGAAAAGCACAGAUCAUUUCCAGAUCUUCGUGUACUGUAACAGGAAUUACUAAUCCAGUUGUUCCAGUGGCACCUGAUACGCACGUGUCAACACGGCAGCGGACUUUUCAUUUGCUAACAUUUUAAUGGCACUGCAUCCUCCAGCGGUCUGGUGGAGUUCAGGCCUCUUUUGGAGACACAGCGAGAACUUCGACAGGCUGCACAUAUUUUUCUAUAUGAAGAAUCUGUUUAAAGAAUCACGUUUUCUAAUUUUGAUGAUAUUCAGACAUUCUAUAAAUUCUUUUCAGUGGAAGAUCAUUGAGUACUGUAACUAAACGCUUUUUGUUUUUCUACAAGGGACCAAACUUUGAGGUGUUACUUUCAAAGGCUCUGUAUAAAAUAAAGAUUAUUAUUAUCUA